AUGGAGUACCACUAUCUAUUGUCUCAGAUAGGGAUUCUAAGUUUUGAUCUCUCUUCUGGAGAAGCCUACAUAAGGCUUUGGGAACACAAUUAUCUUUUAGCACAGCUUAUCAUCCUCAAACUGAUGGAAUUUGCAUACAACAAUAGUUAUCAGGCUACAAUUGGUAUGGCUCCUUAUGAAGCAUUAUAUGGUAGAAAAUGUAGAUCUCCAGUUUAUUGGGAUAAGGUUGGAGAAAGGAAACUAUUAGGUCCAGAUAUGGUAUGUGAAAUGGCUGAGGUCGUAACACAAAUACGUCAACGGAUGCAAACAGCUCCAAAUCAACAGAAAAGCUAUGCAGAUCAAAGAAGAAGAUUGUUAGAAUUUACUGUGGGAGAUCAAGUAUUUUUGAAGAUAGCACCAAUGAAAGGAGUGAUGCGGUUUGGUAAGAAGGGAAAACUAAGCCCGAGAUAUAUUGGUCUAUUUACUAUUACUGAGAGAAUUGGGAAUGUUGCCUACAAACUUGACCUUCCUUCAUCAAUGUCUCAAGUACACAAUGUGUUUCAUGUAUCCACGCUAAGAAAAUAUAUUGGAAAUCCUUCUCAUGUAUUGAGGAAUGAACCAAUGGAGAUAAAACCAGAUUUGACUUAUGAAAAAAAGCCGGUAGAGAUCCUUCAACGAGAGAUAAAGCAACUGAGAAGUAAGAAAAUUCCAUUAGUUAAGGUGCUGUAG